AUGGCCCGCUCGACGCUGCCCACCUUCCCGCUGCUCGUCUUCGGCAUCAUCGAGCCCCUCCUGCUCGUAUGGGCCUAUAUCAUCGGAAUGGGCAAUCCACACGAGUACCUCGCGAAACAGAUCCCGGGCGGUAGCCCCUCCACCACCUCCUUCUCCCCGCAAGCAGAGGGGGUCACGCUGCAGCUCAUCAACGUGUUCUUGCUGCUGGCGCCCAUGGCCGUGAUCUGCUGCUUCUCGAGCGACCCGGCCACGGUCAAGGGCUACCUCUUUGCCGUGGCGCUGGCCGACUACGGGCACAUGUACGCGACCUACCGCGCCGUCGGGGAGGAGGUCUUCUUCAACACGUCCCUGUGGAACGACAUGGUCUGGGGCGGCGUGGCGGUUAACGCCACGCUCAACGUCCUGCGCUGGCUGACGCUGUUUGGGGCCUUCGGGCGGAUUGCGCCGGCGGCGGGGAAGGCGAAGAAGCGUCUGUAA